CUAGCAGCGGAUUUCCUCCCUCUAAUAUCCCCUGAUGCCUUACUCGAUUAUUGUCACUGCUCUCCAACCAUGCACUGUCCCUUCGGACUGUGCAUCUCUCCACUGAGUCAGUCAAAGGAGCCUGGGUGUCUGCAGGAUAUGGUCUAGGACCAUAAACUAACUUGUUCCAUGUGAAAAGACAGAAACAAGAAAAACAAAAGCAAGGGGAACCAUCAAAGUUUUUCUUCAUCUAUUGGAUUACUGACUGGAAGCAAGCAAGGAAGAGGGAUAUGAGGGAUUUGAACAAAUUCUCUAGCUGAUUAUCACAGGAGAGCUGAUUGGGAAUAUUCCAGUAAACCAUAGGAUGGUGUCACUUCUGUCUUGCCUGUACAUUAUUCUAUGGCUAGGAAAUUCCCUGGCACAACUUAAAGAUGAAGGCAAUUUCUACUCAGAGAACAUUAGUCGGAUCCUGGACAACUUGCUUGAAGGUUAUGACAAUCGGCUGCGGCCAGGAUUUGGAGGUGCUGUCACUGAAGUCAAAACAGACAUUUAUGUGACCAGUUUUGGGCCUGUGUCAGAUGUGGAGAUGGAAUAUACAAUGGAUGUUUUCUUUCGCCAGACUUGGACUGAUGAGAGAUUGAAGUUUGGGGGGCCAGCUGAGAUUCUGAGUUUAAAUAACUUGAUGGUCAGUAAAAUCUGGACACCUGACACUUUUUUCAGAAACGGAAAAAAGUCAAUUGCUCACAACAUGACAACCCCUAAUAAACUCUUCAGAAUAAUGCAGAAUGGAACAAUUCUAUACACCAUGAGGCUGACCAUCAACGCUGACUGUCCCAUGAGACUGGUUAACUUUCCUAUGGAUGGACAUGUUUGUCCACUCAAGUUUGGGAGUUAUGCUUACCCCAAAAGUGAAAUCAUAUAUACAUGGAAAAAAGGACCACUUUACUCAGUAGAAGUCCCCGAAGAAUCUUCCAGCCUCCUCCAGUAUGAUCUGAUUGGACAGACAGUAUCUAGUGAGACAAUUAAAUCUAACACAGGUGAAUACGUAAUAAUGACAGUCUAUUUCCACUUGCAAAGGAAGAUGGGCUACUUCAUGAUCCAGAUAUAUACUCCGUGCAUCAUGACAGUCAUUCUUUCCCAGGUGUCUUUCUGGAUUAAUAAGGAGUCUGUCCCAGCCAGAACUGUCUUUGGGAUCACCACUGUUUUAACCAUGACCACCCUAAGCAUCAGUGCCCGACACUCCUUGCCCAAGGUGUCCUAUGCGACAGCCAUGGAUUGGUUCAUAGCUGUGUGCUUUGCUUUCGUCUUUUCUGCACUCAUUGAAUUUGCAGCUGUCAACUACUUCACCAGUCUUCAGACACGGGGGGCCAGAAGGAAGGCACAGAUUACAGCCAUAUCCCCAGUGACAAUAUCAAAGGCGACUGAACCUGUGGAGGCUGAGAUUGUUGUGCAUUCUGAUUCCAAGUACCAUCUGAAGAAAAGAAUCACCUCCCUGAGAUUGCCAAUCAUUCCAUCCCCUGAGGCCAGCAAAGUUCUCACUAAAGAACCCAAUUUUCAGUCAACGCCUCUUACACCCCCAUCUCUCUCAACAGCCUUUGGGGGCACCAGUAAAAUAGACCAAUAUUCUCGAAUUCUCUUCCCAGUUGCGUUUGCAGGAUUCAACCUUGUAUACUGGAUAGUUUAUCUUUCCAAAGACACAAUGGAAGUGAGUAGCAGUGUUGAAUAGCUUGCAGCUAGGAUGACCCGCAUUCUACAAGUUCUCAUUUUCUGUAUUAAAAAAUAGCUCUGAGACUUGUGUAGAUAUCAAAUCAGAAUUGAAGAUCUGUAGCUCAUAGUUUUGAGUAAGCAUGUGUGGGACAAAAAGCAAUAAUGCUGCCCUUCAAAACUGAGAGUAAAAAUUGCUGAAAAUAAUGUAAUUUUUUUGUACAUUAGAGAGAAUUUAGUAAGAGAAUAAGAUGGAUUCAGGAUAAAUUUGCCAGUCUUUGUCUGUACUGUUCAGUGUUUUUAAUUGUCACUGUGGAUAACAUUUACAAGGCAGAUAAAAUAAGAAAUGCUAACACUUCAAAAUGUUGCCUUAAAUGUUUAUUUUGGCUUAGUUUCCAGAGAGCAAAAUAUAAAUACACUCUAAAUAUUUAUCAGUAGCUUUAUACAAGCAUGUUGGAGGCCUUUACACUGGCAAAAUGGCUUUCAGUAGCAUUGUCAAGCUUAUAUUGAAUUUAGACAUUUGUUUUCAACCUCGCUGUGCUCUUUUAUCUCAAUGAAGUUUGGUGUUGUAUACAUAUAAAUUAUACAUAGACCAUAAAUUAUGUAUGCAUAUGUACAUAGCUUUAGUUAUACUGCAGUACAGUGUUGUUUCAUCUCACUAAGUUCUCCUUUUAAAGUAAUAUGCUUACCAUAAUUCCAUGAGGUUGUAGAAAAAGUUGAUGAUUUUAAGGAAGAUUUGUAUAUUAUGAUUAUAGUUAUCUCUUAUAUGUUCCCCCUCCCUAAAUAAAACAAAAAUAAACAUGUU